UCUUCCCCCCAACUCGUCCUUUCCUUUUCUCUUCCCUUCUGGUGCGUCUGCGGCGACAACCCUGCAGCCCACACUAACCUCGCCUCCAGUCCUUUCACCGGCGCCAGGCUGCGUCCCAGAUCUUUCAGCCUCACUUCGAUCCUUCACUUCACACCCCUUCCACGACACGCACUACCCCCUCAAGAUGCUGCCCAUCUCGUUGUUCGCCAUGAUCGCGCUUGCUAUGAGCAGCCUGGUUGCUGCCGCGCCCAUGCCCAUGCCGCUGGCGAACAUGCAGCGUGCCAACGUGGAACGCUCUUACGAACCAUUGAAUGUCAUCCCUGCCUACCGACGCGCCGACGCGCCGACCCCCGUCGCGAAGCGCCAGUCCGUGCCCUUGCAGAACGCCGCCAUGGCGCCUGAGGGCAGCGUCAUCCCGUACGGGCCGCAGAAGCGCGCGCCCCAGGCGUCCGCCGUGCCCGUUCAGAACGCGGCGAUGGCCCCGGACGGUGUAGUCAAGCCCUACACCAAUACUCCUGCGAAGCGAGACAGUGUGCCCGUCCAGAACGCCGCAAUGGCCCCGGACGGCGUGGUACAACCCUACACCAACACGCCGGCGAAGCGCGACGAAGUGCCCGUUCAGAACGCCGCUAUGGCGCCUGACGGCGUGGUCAAGCCCUACACCAAUGCCCCGGCGAAGCGAGACAGCGUGCCCGUCCAAAACGCCGCGAUGGCCCCCGACGGCAACGUGAUCCCCUACGGCCCUACGAAGCGCGACACGCCCAUUGUGAGGCGCCAGACCGUGCCUCUGCAGAAUGCGGCGAUGGCGCCUGACGGUGUGGUCAAGCCGUACAGCGGCCAGCAGUGAUUUGCUUGUCGUUCAGGCGCACGCACGCUCACAUACUCGUCGGGCCCGGCGUACCUACCCACUACUCGGACCUGGCACACCUACCUACCCGUCGGACCAGGCAUACUUACGUUGGAUACAUUCCGGACAUUAUGGACCUCGUAGAGCCCGAAGGACAUUAUAGUAGCUGAUAGAUUGCUGGACAAUGCAUCGGUGUUCGUAUAUAUAUGGAAGACUUGUGAUUUGACGAUGUCGAAGCUAUGCUGAGGGUUCUGAAGACUGAAGCUUUCCAAGUUGGGUGUGCAAGCCGGACACUGGGUUGAACCAAGAAGAAAACAACGACCCCCUGCCUAUCGCUCCCUCCUUCUCCAUAUCCACACACUUCCCAC